GAAUCUGUGACUGGCUGUCAAGAAUCAAAAUUCAAAGCAGUGUGUAAGCGCUCUGCGCAUGCGCAAACUGAAGAGGCCGCUCUCAACUUCUGUUCUCGGCGCGCUGGAAUCGCCAUAACUGGAACCGGGGAUUCGGUUUAGGGCUCACGGAGUGCCUGUAGCAGGGUGAAUCAGAAUGGGAGACAAGCCGAUUUGGGAACAAAUAGGAUCCAGCUUUGUGCAACAUUACUAUCAGCUGUUUGACACAGACAGGACUCAACUUGGAUCGAUAUAUAUUGAUGCGUCAUGCCUUACGUGGGAGGGUCAGCAAUUCCAGGGAAAAGCGGCAAUUGUCGAAAAGCUUUCUAGCCUGCCCUUCACAAAAAUAGCUCACAGCAUUACAGCACAAGACCAUCAGCCCACCCCUGAUAGCUGCAUAUUGAGUAUGGUAGUAGGCCAACUAAAAGCAGAUGAUGACCAGGUGCUGGGCUUCCACCAGACCUUUCUGUUGAAAUGUAUCAACAUUGCCUGGGUUUGCACCAACGAAGUCUUCAGGCUUGCCCUGCACAACCUUUGAGCUUAAAGGCUCUCGGUGGUCACAUGGCCUUUCCUCCUUCUCUUAAUGUUUGUAAGGACCAGUGUCCGCUUGGGUUCACGCACACCAUGCGGGCCUCUCUACUAACGGCUUCAAGCUGUGUUCAGAAUCAAGCGUCUGUGGGGAUUUAGUAUGUUGGGAAUGCUAUGACAUUAAAUAUGUCCAUGCAGGUUUGCCUGGUGUGUUUGUGAAUUUGUUUGCACCUUUGCAGCAACAAAACUACCAAAGUCAUUCAUUUGCAGUGAGAGUUGGCCAUUUUUGGUGACAUGAAUGACUUCAAUGACAUAAUGUGUCCAACAACACUAAAAGUGUAGAAACUUUGUGAGCACCAACUCAGUGUGGUGACCCGUUUCUCACAUACUCCUUUUGCAGUGUGUAUGUAUUCUGUGUUCAAUACGUAUGCAGUGAAGAAACAGCAUUGUGCAUUUGCAGUCUGCUACUGAUCCACGGCUGUAUACCACAAACACAACAUUAAUCCUUUAUUUUGAUUUCAAAUCCAAAUGUUGUUACUGAAAAUGAUUUUUUACGGUACACAAUAAUCUUUCAUUGAUGUUUCUAUUUAAAUGCAAUGAAUAUAAACAACAUUUUAUUCAAUGUAUUUAUUUCUAGAUUAAUAUAGUUGCUCAAGCAAGUGGCAAAACAUUUAAACACAGUCUAUAGCUUAGUUUUCUUGCGUUAAAAGGUAGUAGGCUAUGACAAACAUUUUGAAUUAAAAUCUACCACUGACAGUUAACUCGUGUGCCCUUUCUUUUGCAUUUAAAUCUUUAUAACAAGCAAUCCUGUCAGUCAUAAAGAACGUUUUUGUUUUUACCUCCAUGAGUGCAUUUUAUUAUGUUGCCUUGUUUAUCUAAAAGUGCACUUUUCCUGGCUUUAAACCUAACUAAAAAGCAAUGUGUUGACUGUGAAGCACAGUAGAUUUAAUUAUAUGCAUUUAUGGUGUA